AUGGAGGGUUCGGCGACAGGGGGAAAUCACGGAGGCGAUCCUCGCGCCGAGCAUGCCGCAACCAAGGAGUCCGAGGAGGCGGCAACGCAACACCAUCUGACGCUGCUCCAGCCGAGCGUGGUCGAAGUUUCUGCAGCCGUGCUGGAUAAGGACAAGGUGGCACAACACGAGUCGGUGGGGCUGGUCGGUGGCUCUCCUCCUUCUGGUGGACGGGGAAGGCGUAGGCAAAGGAAGAGCGAUGGGGAGGAGGAUGAUGACACCGCCGUGCCCGGGGACCUCACCACGCGGGCGAAGAGGCGCCAGACGACAGGUAGUGCUGACAACGCCGGAGGCGCGGAAGUUGACACACCGCGAGGCGCCAAGGAAGCUAGUGGCAAGGCGGGCGGUCAAGCAUUGCGCCAGAAGGGCCGCCCCGCAGCAAGAAAAGCAUCUGGCGGAAGGAGAGGCAAGAAAGCAGCGACAAGAACGAGGCCGAAACGGGGCGAUGAAGACCCCGGUGAUACGGAGGAGGAGGAGGAUGAGGAGGAGGAUGCGGAGGGAGAGGAGGAUGAAGAGGAAGCGGAGGAGCAAGACGCGGAUGUUGGGGAGGAUGCUAAAGAUGAGAAUGAUGGUGGGGAGGACGAAGAGGAGGAGGAGGAGGAGGAGGAGGAGGAGGAGGAGGAGGAGGAGGAGGAGGAGGAGGAGGAGGAGGAGGAGGAGGAGGAGGGGGAUGAGGAGGAGGAGCAGGGUGACGAGGAGGAGGAGGAGGAGGAGGAGGAGGAGGAGGAGGAGGAGGAGGAGGAGGAGGAGGAGGAGGAGGCAUCAGAGAAGGAGGAGGAGGAGGAGGAGGAGGAGGAGGAGGAGGAGGAGGAGGAGGAGGAGGAGGAGGAGGAGGAGGAGGAUGUGGCGCCAGGGAAGAGACGGGGCGGGCGUGGCGGUCGGGUGAGUGGGACAGGGAAGGAGGGGGGCCGGACUCGCCCUUCCCGAAAACGCGGGGCAGGUGACGCUGCGCGCGGCGAAGCAGCGGGCAAACCGAAGGUGCGUAAGGUGAAGGUCGAAAGUGAAGGGGUUGGUAAAAAGCAAGGGAGCCAGAGUGCAAAAGGGGAUGGAGGAGGAAAGGGUGGCCGCGCCAAAGGGGUUCGAGUGGGUACCGGCAAGAAGGAACCUGCCGGUGAAAGUGAGGAGCACGAGCAGUUUGUUACACGGGAGGAGUUCCAGGCGCUGCGGUCUGAGAUGUACGCCAUGUUUGCACAGCUCGGCCUGCGUCGUGGAGUACCUGCCAGCUAUGUCGGCGGGUCGGCAGCCCUGCCUAUGGCUGGUACCCCGCCGCCGAUGAGCGCCGUGGACAAGGCACGAGUGCUAGUGUUGCAGGAGACAAACCCAUUCCCGAUAUGUGGCGGGCCAAAUGGGGCGGGUUGGGGUUGA